AUGGAGAAGCAGGAACAAGCCCCUCACUUGGAUGAGGAGCAAAGGAAGCUCCUCCUCUCGCUCCUGAACUCCGGGCCUGAAGCAGCCGCAAAGACCCUCAAGUCAAAGCUUACCGCGUCUCCCGGAAGCGCUACAGGCCUGCUCGAUGCAUUCGUUCAAUUCCUCUUCUCUGCGAGCGAUUCCAUAAAAACGGAGACCGCUCUGGUCUACUGCCUAUGGCUGGCGUGUGGCGGGACCAAUCCCAAUGCUGUCAUCCAAAAGAUUAAGUCCAAUUCCGCGGGCAAGUCCAAUGCCGCCAUCUGCGUUGACUGCUUUCGAGCGGGCAACCACGAGGGCCACGACUUCUCCCUGAUCCACGUCGGUGGCGGCUGCUGGUACCAGAAACAUGCCCUCUCAAUGUCCCGAACCCAAUGA